GAUUCACAUUCAAAGACCACGGAAGUAGCAGUCAAGAAAUCAGACGACAUAUGGCAUAUUGCGUUGGGGAAAUCUUCUGUAAAAGACCUCUUUAAAAUGUUGAAAACAAGGAUGUCACUUUGAGGGCUAAGGUGCGUCUGAUCUAUGUUUUUUUCAGUCAUCUCAUAUGCGUGCAAAAACUGGACAAUGAAUAAGGAAGACCAAAGAAGAACUGACACCUUUUAAUUACGGUGUUGGUGAAGAAUAUUGAAUACACCAUAGACUGCCAGAAGAACAAACAAAUCUAUCUUGGACGAAGUACAGCCAGAAUACUCCUUAGAAGCAAGGAUGGGACAGACCAAGCCCUCGCUGAGCCCAAGCAGACACUGAAGACAGACAGCCACCUACAGCUACAGCUGCUGCCCAGACAAGGCGGCUGGACGGAAGGCCCCAGGAGCUGCCUGCAGCCAUGUCAGCUCACAGCCUGCUCACUCUGGGUCUGCUCAUGGUGGUGCCACCUGCCAGCUGUCAACAAGGUCUGGGAAACCUAGAGCCCUGGAUGCAGGGCCUCAUCGCUGUGGCUGUGUUCCUGGUCCUGGUUGCAAUUGCUUUUGCUGUCAACCACUUUUGGUGCCAGGAAGAGCCGGAGCCCAUGAACACGGUCAUGAUUCUUGGAAACAAGGUGGAUGGGAUCCUGGCAGGGACAGAUGGAAGGUACUCCUCGAUGGCGGCCAGCUUCAGGUCCAAUGAGCGUGAGAAUGCCUACGAGAACACCCCUGAGGAGGAAGGCAAGGUCCAGAGCACGCCCAUGUGACCCCAGCUCUCCUGGCCCCCUGCCCUGAGGCUUCCAG